AUGGCACCGCAACGAGCCUUUGGGCUGGGGGGAAGCCACCGCCACUCCACGCCUCCUCCAAGCCCUGCUCCAAACAGGGCUCUGCACAUCCCGCCAGCACCAGAACUCUCUCUUCCCUUUGCCUCAACCCUUGCCUCCGGCCUUUCUUCCCCACCCUCCGCACCUUCAAACACAGGAGCUGGGGCAGCUCCAUCCAGGAACACGGCCCAUGCUCACGUGCCUACACCCAGAGCCGCCUCUUCGCAAGCCGCCACCGCCGCCGCCCCCAGGCCCUCGCUCCACCAGGGGGCUCCCCAGGCUCCGCCAAGGGGCAGCCAUCGGCAUCAGAACCAGCUCUCCCGCCCUGGCCUCCUCAGCCUUUUCCGCCUGCCGCCCCGCUUUACACCCACUCAGCAGCAGCUCUGCAGUCCUCGGGACAACGACCACACGGACCUGCUGCAGCGGCUCCGCAGGAGGGCCACACGCACCUUUUCACGGCGCCCCUAG